UCUCUCUCUCUCUCACAAUCACACACUACAGCAUCAACACCCGCACACACUACAACAUCAACACCGUUGCACACACAACUGUCUCUCUCCUGCAUGUCCUUGAACAAAAACAAGCUUGCCAACCAUGAAAACAAAUACCCACCAAAAUCACACCACCACCACCACUAAUGGCUACUACGCCACCGAAUCCAACAACAACUCUGUACUCCCACAUUGCCGCCGGAGACCUCAAAACGGAAAAUCUCACUCUCAGGACUCCAGGCGUGAAAAUUCCGUUGCCGGGAUAUUCCUGCGGCGAAACCUCCUUAAAUACUUCCUCCGCAAAAAACUCCUCAAGUACAUGCUGCUCUUGGCUCUUCUCUACUUUUCUGGUUUGUUCACAUGUGUGGGUCCCUUAUAUGAUUUUCUCCACCCUCCACUACCUGGGUCAGUCUACCGUAGUCAUGAGAUUUUUCAGCAGCUUUGGCAUCAGAUUAAGGCUGAUAAUUCAACUGGAAUUGAGUUGUCUGCUGUCUGGAGAUACAAAAGGAAGCUGAAAGAGCACAAACCCUGUCCAAACACAAUGGCUGGCAUACGUUUUGAGUCUCCUGGGACUGAGCUAUAUUUGAUGAUUGAGGCUAAUGGUGGCCUUAAUCAGCAGCGCGCAUCGAUCUGCAACGCAGUGGCUGUGGCUGGGCUGUUGAAUGCGACUCUGGUGAUCCCUAGGUUUUAUUAUCAUAGUGUUUGGAAGGAUCAAAGUAACUUUAGUGAUAUUUACAAUGAGGACCAUUUCAUAACAACGCUUGAGGGCUACAUGAAAGUGGUGCGGGAGCUGCCUGAUGAAUUAAUGGAAAGAUACGAUUUUAACAUCAGUAAUAUACCAGUCUUCCAAGUCCCAGCUUGGGCUCCUACCAGAUACUACUUGGAAGAAGUUUAUCCUGUCUUACGUGUGCAAGGGUUUAUCUAUAUUACUCCCUUUGCGAAUAGAUUGGCAAUGAGUGUUCCACCUCACAUUCAAUUUCUGAGAUGCCUUGCCAAUUAUGAAGCAUUGAGAUUCUCUUUACCCAUUUCAACCCUUGGAAAGAAAUUAAUCGACAGAAUGAUUGAGAGGAGCGCAAAUUCUGGUGGGAAGUAUAUUUCCAUCCACCUUCGAUUUGAGGAGGAUAUGGUGGCCUUUUCAUGUUGUGUAUAUGAUAGAGGAGAGGCUGAAAAGGCUGAUAUGGAUGUAAUACGUGAAAAAGGCUGGCGAGGCAAGUUCACUCGGAAAGGCCGUGUAAUUGACCCUGCUCUCAAUCGUGUCACUGGAAAGUGCCCUAUGACCCCUUUGGAGGUUGGGAUGAUGCUAAGAGCUAUGGGAUUUGCCAACAACACACCAAUAUAUUUGGCAUCUGGGAAAAUUUACCAGUCAGAGAGAAAUCUCGCCCCUUUAUUUAAUAUGUUUCCUCUCCUACAGACAAAGGAGUCACUUGCAAGCCCAGAUGAGCUUGCUUUGUUUCAGGGCUAUUCUUCAAGGUUGGCUGCUUUGGACUACAUGGUAUGCUUGUUGAGUGAAGUAUUUGUAACCACUCAAGGUGGAAACUUUCCACAUUUUUUGAUGGGUCACCGAAGAUUCCUCUACAAUGGACAUGCUAAAACCAUCAACCCUGAUAAACGCAAGCUUGUUGUUUUACUGCACAACACAAGCAUCAGUUGGCAAGAUUUGAAAGAUCAAAUGGGAGCAAUGCUAGCUGAAAGCGACCGCAAGGGUUUAAUGGUACCUAGAGUUAAGAAAUACGACAGAAAGACCUCUAUCUAUUCAAAUCCAUUGCCGGGAUGCAGGUGUCUAUGGCAAUCACAAAACUCAUCACUCAAAUGGACCAAUAUUUCCCACAUCAAUCAAUGAAUUUGAACCCGCGAAGUGAAAACUGGCUCAUGCUACAGUUCCUUCUCACUUGUGCAGCCUUCAGUUUUACACUGGAAUUACAAUUUUUCCCCAGGGGGAGCGGUGGUCAUUGAUCCUACACUUCUUAAUACCCCAGACGCCACAAGGCUGCCAUAGAUAGUAGUGCAUGUAAGUUGAAGAGUUGUGAAUCGUGGUUUGGUGAGGAAUUCCUUCUUGGGCAUUUUUCCUUUUUUGGCAUUCAGCAGAUAGAUUUUCAAACUCUAGCCUGAUUCAGUUAUAGAUAUGCUCGGCUUUGAAGAUACUUGGUCAUUUUGAUGUGGGAAAGUUGCUCUUGAUCUUGAAUGGAGAGCAUAAGCUGAGUUUGGUCUAGAACGUCUGAGGUUGACAGAAUCUUUGAGUUUUUCUUUCCAAUCUAGGAACCAAAAAUCAAGUGUAAAUGGUUAAGCAAUUUUGCAAUUUUUUGCUUUACAAAUUCCUUGUCUUUGAAUUCUUAACAUCCGUGCUAAUGGACCUUUGCAAUAGUUAAAGUACAUUGUUUCCUAGGUAGCCGAAUUCGUGGGAGAUGAAUCAAGAAAAAGGGGUUACCAAAAAGGAAUAAGAGAGCUUGGAG